AUUCAUGAGUAAACAGUAGAAUAUUACGAGAUCGAGGCUUUCAAUGCACCCAUGCAAUGGAAGCCAUAUUCAGACGCAAGACGCUUGAUGUUAACUUUAGUCUGCUAGGAAGAAACCUAUGUUCCCUAGCAAAUGCUGUGCUUGAAGCACCUUCAAGACCUCAAGAAGAAGAUGAUCCUAUUGUGGUGAGCAAGAAAGAAUCCAUGUUGCCGACUUUACACCGCAUCGUUCAACAAUGCGCCAGAGAAAGGGCGGCCAUGGAAGGGAAAUCUUGCCAUGCCAUGACCAUCAAGCUCGGGUUCGGAACAGACACUUUGACUUCCAACAUGCUCAUCAAUUUGUACAGCAAGUGCGGCCUCAACGAGUGCUCCCGCAAGGUGUUUGAUGAAAUGCCUGAGAGAUGCCUCGUUUCUUGGAACACCCUGAUUGCCUCAUAUACCCGGAAUCAGAACGGGGAAGGCGCUCUUAAGCUUUUUGUGGAGAUGCAAAGGGAGAGGACACAAUUUAGUGAAUUUACGGUGUCUGGUGUUCUUUGCGCGUGUGCCACUAAACUUGCUGUGUUUGAAUGUAAGCAGUUGCAUGCUUUUGUGGUCAAGGUUUCCAUGGAGUUGAAUGUGUAUGUGGGUACUGCAUUGAUGGAUGUCUAUGCCAAGAGCGGUUUGAUUGAAGAUGCUUCUCGGAUUUUCAAUUGCAUGUCUGAAAGAAACGAGGUUACUUGGACUACAAUGGUGACAGGUUUGGUACAAAACGAGCUCUUUGAGGAGGCUUUGUUGUUGUUUCACAGAGCUCAACAGUCUGGAUUGGAGCAUGACCAGUUCAUUGUUUCUUCAGUUCUUUCUGCUUGCUCCACUUUGCCCGCUUUUAUAGAAGGGAAGCAAGUGCACGCCAUUGUAUGGAAGAUGGGGUUUGGUGCCAAUGUGUUUGUGGCUUCUGCACUUAUAGACUUGUAUGCAAAAUGUGGAAACAUUCAAGAUGCUUACUUUGUGUUUUCGAGUGCUGAGGUGAAGAAUGUUGUGCUAUGGAAUGCAAUGAUCACAGGGCUUGCAAAACAUGUAAGGCCCUUGGAGGCUAUGAUACUAUUUGAGAAAAUGCAGCAGAUGGGAUUGUCCCCAAAUGACGCGACUUAUGCUUCUGUACUAUCGGCAUGUGGCCACAUGGGUUUGGUCGAAGAGGGGAAAAAGUAUUUCGAAAUGAUGGCGAAAGAACAUAGUUUGGUACCAAAUAUCCGUCAUUUUUCAUGCAUGGUUGAUGUGCUCGGUAGAGCAGGCCUGAUUGACGAGGCUAAGGAUUUAAUAGAAACAAUGCCAUUUGAAGCUAAUGCUUCCAUUUGGGGAUCAAUUUUGGCAUCAUGCAAGGUCCAUGGGAAUGUUGAGGUGGCUGAAGUUGCUGCUAGACAUCUGUUUGAGAUUGAACCGAAUAAUGCUGGAAACUAUGUUUUGCUGUCAGACAUUUAUGCUGCCAAGAAAAGAUGGGGGGAUGUUGCAUCGACAAGGAAGCUUCUGAAAGACAGAGAGGUAAAGAAAGUGAUAGGAAAGAGUUGGAUUGAAAUCAAAGACGAGGUUCACUCAUUCAUGGUUGGGGAUAGGAGCCAUCCAAGGAUUGAGGAAAUUUACUCGAGGCUGGAGGAAUUGGUGGAGGAGAUGGAGAAGCUAGGGUACAAAGGCGAGAUAGAACAUGAGCUGCAUGAUGUGGAAGAGAGCAGAAAGAAGCAACUGCUAAGACACCACAGUGAAAAGCUCGCAUUUACGUUUGGGUUAAUGUGCUUGCCUAGUGGGUUGCCAAUAAGAAUUAUGAAGAACCUUAGAAUAUGUGGGGACUGCCAUUCUUUUAUGAAGUUUGCUUCUGAAAUCUCUGGGAGAGUAAUCAUCGUUAGAGAUUAUAACCGGUUUCACCAUUUUAAGGAUGGAUCAUGCUCAUGUGGAGAAUUUUGGUGAAGUGGUGGCUUGCUCUUCAUAUGCAUAUGCAACUGACUCAGAAUGUGAAGAACAAAGCUCACAGCCAAUGGUAUGGUUGGACAACUUACAACCAAAAUUUGGGAGAUUUCUACACUAAACCACCCUCAAAGAGGUAUGGCAACAUGUUAACUCAGAUAUAUGUUCCAUUUUAGACUGCAAGAUUGAGAAAUGUUUUCCAUAGCCAACCAAGGUGAAAUCAUUUCAAUUUUAACUCCUCGAUCAUGUAUAUACCAAAUUAUUUC